CAAAAAUCACCAAGUUCAAAUUUUGAACUUUCUUUUUCAAAUAUUAAUUUCACGUUAUCUUUGAAAUUAUUACUAAUUUGAUACAUUCAAUGCUUAAUCCUCCCAAAAGAAGUCAGUCAAGACAUCAAAGUGAACUAGACAGUUGUAGAUUUUCAUUCAAAGCUAUGAAUGAAUCGAACAAAAACAUCAAAAGCUUUGUAUUGUUGUGUGUCUUAAAAAUAAUAAUUUGCCUGCUUUAAUCGAAAAUAAUAGUAUUUAGAACAUAUUAAGUGAACCAAGCGAUUAUGGAUAAAGCUGAAAAGUUGAAAGCGGCUCGAAAAAAGCUCAAGGAAUUUCAAACGCAUAAGAAGGAUGGAGGUCCUUCUGAUGAACAGAAUGUUCCAACUAGUGAGAAUAAUCAAGAUCCAGUUGGUGAAGAAGUCAAAAGUACUGGAAAUAGUCCGAAUAAAAAUGAUCAGACACAAAGUAUCUAUAUUCCACAACAAUCAUUAAUUUCAAGCUAUUUUGAUACAUCUACAAACAAUACGAAUAGCUUUAUGUCUGCUUUUCAUGGAGAAUAUCAACAGCAACAACAAAGGCCAGAUUAUAUUUCAACAUCCAGUUUUGAUGAAUCACAUAACAUCCCAGAACAACCUCAACAGCAAAUGACUGAAAUUAAGUCACAAGAAGCUCAGAAUGUGACAGAUGAACAAAAUCAUCAAAUGAUGCAACUCAAAUCUGAACUAGAAUUUCACAGAACAACAGCAACGAAUUUGCAGAAGAAUGCAGAAGAACUAAAUCGUCUUAGACAGCAAGAGAAGCAACAUGCAGACACUAUCAAAGUUCUAGUGACUGAGAAGUCAAAUCUUAAUGAUUCUCUUCAAAAAUCUGAAUAUCAAAUUCAGGAACUAAAGAAUGAAAAUGAGGAACUGCAUAAUCGAUUAAAUCUUUCACGUCAUCGUGUCAAACAAUUAGAAUCACAGCACUCAAUUCAACAGCAGCCUAUACAUCGAUUAGAAGACGAUACCAAAAAAUUAGAACAAUUAGUCGAGGAUCGCGUUAGAGGAAUUAAGGAAGCUAGUGCUAAGAUUGAAUUAGAAAGAAAUGAAUUAAAGCUGUUGCUUAAUCAGCAACGAAUUGAAAUGGAAAAUUUACAGAAGAAUUUUGAUCACAUUAAUACAGAACUGCACCUUGCCACCGUAAAAAUAGCACAACUUUCUGAUGACACAACACAACAACUUCCAGAAAGUGCUGAUACAGUCCAUCAAUCACACAUAAAUGCAUUGAAUCAAGACGUUGCCAUAAAACAACAACAAAUUAACGAACUGAAUUCGAUUAUCGACCAAUUGAAUAACGAACGUGAUGCAAACGAGACACAAUAUCAAAAUUAUGUGUCGGCAAUGUCGAGUGAAAUGAAGGAACUCAAAGAACGAUCGGUAGAAUUGACUAAUGAAAAUGAUUCUUUGGUUAGUCGAGAACAGGAAUUAUUAAAGCAUGUUAGUGAUUUGGAAAGACAAAUGCAGCAGCAGAUUCAUAAGCAAAAAAUUUAUGCUGAACAUAAUUCGCUCCAGGAACAUGCAAACAGCUCACCAACCAAAACAAAUGUUGACGCUGAAAAAUUGACUAGUCAAAUCACAAUAUUUGCUACUGAAAAUGAACAGCUAAAAACACAGUUAAAUCAACUGGAAAGUGAAAAACUUGGUUUAAUGAAAUCGCUUCAAGAAAAGACCGAAGAAGUUCAAGGACUAGAAUUUCAAGUUGACAAAAUGAGAACAAUGACACCAAAUAUGACACAAUUAAUGUCAGAUUUUGAUGAUAAAUCGACGGCAGCUUCACGUGCAUUGAGUCAAAAUCAAAACUUAAAAGCUCAAUUGGAGGAAUUGCAACGUGCCUUUGUUAAUAUUUCUAAUGAUAAAAUGGAACUUACUGAUAAAUUACAGUCAGAAAUUCAUCUUUGCAAGGAAAUGAAGCAUCAAUUUGAUUUUAUGGAAGUUGAAUUAAAAAAUAUGAAGGAAAAGUGGCAGUUUAAGGAAAAUGAAAUGAUUCGAUUGUCUCACGAAAAUACAGAACUCGAAAAGAAAGUUUUAAGGCAAACUAUCGAAAUUGAUCGUCUUCGUCACUACGAAUCUAAGGAUUAUCAUGGCACAGAAGGUGGAAUUGUCGAGAAAGAAUUUGAAAAUUAUAAGCACUUGAUUGAAAGCUUAAAGAAUAAAAUUAAUGUCUUAGAAACUGGACAUGGGCUAGAACAUGAUCACUCGCAUGAAGAACAUGGACAUUCACACAGCCACGAUAAUCACGGGCAUUCACAUUCACACGAGAAAGUUGCCGAUGAACCUCUUCAUAAAGGACAUAGCCACGACCAUGAAGGACAUUCCCACACCCACAAUGAGAAGUGCAGUGAGACUCCAAAGAAAAAACCGUGCGACGUAUCCCAAAAGUAUCUUUUAGAGGAAAUAGAAAUGCUAAAAAUGGAGAAGAAUGAAUUAAUUAAAGCAAUUAAUGACUUCCAAAUGAAUAGAAGAUUGUCAAAGGAUGCACAAAAGGAUGAGGAAGCACUAGUAACUGCCGAAAAUGGAGAUACAGAAGAGAUGACUGAUGAAAAGUUGGAAAAAAUGCAGAAAAUGAGCGUAACGCCAAGUAUUGCGACAGAGGAAGCACUUGAAAAAUUACAGUCAAGAUUCCGUCGUACAAUGUUGGAAGUAGCUGAAUUAAGUGAGGAAAAGCAACGCCUUGAACAUGUUGUAACUCAAUUGCAGUUCGAAACCGAGACAAUUGGUGAAUACAUUACACUUUAUCAGAAUCAGAGACGAUUAUUGAAACAGAAAGAACAUGAAAGAGACAUCCAGUUGAAAAAUUUAGCUGCUGAUCGAGAAAUGAUGAAUGAAAAGCUGUGUCAGUUGAAUAGCCUAAUUGAGAAAUUUGUGCUUCAACAUUCUCCAGAUCAGCACACAGAAUUAGCAAAGGAAGCAACAAAAUUGCUAGAAUCAAACGAGAAGACAAGCUUAAUUAAUAGUGAGCAUAUAAUCAAUUCGGACCAUAAGCAUAGCAAUAUAGAUAUUGAGAAAUUAAAGCGCGAAACUGCCGGAAAGAUUUUAGAAAUUUUAUCAGACAUAAAGACAACAAAUACAAGAACUUAUGGCUCGAAUAUUGGCGUUGAGAACUGCGCUUGUUGUUAUGGUGAAUUAAAAACAGUAUAAAUCUAAACAAUUCGUAAUAUUAUCAUUCUUUUAAAAUGCUUUGCUUGUCAGGCACUAAAUUAGUUAUGAAUUUUGGUGGGUUGAUUGUUCAGUUUCUAGAUAUUUUAAUAUUUAACAGUUUUGUAAGAUUUGAAUUUUCUUAACGGUUUUGUAAGAUUUGAAUUUUCUUAACGGUUUUGUAAGAUUUGAAUUUUCUUAUCGGUUUUGUAAUAUUUGAAUUUUCU